AUGAAAAUUAAUUCCAUCACCGAUAAAUACAAUUACCAAAACUACGAUGCUAUAGAAGAAUACUAUACAGAAGAAACUCUUUACUCAGAAGAUGAAAGUACAUACGAAGUAAUUGAAACAUCUUUAAAUCAAGCUCUUGAAGCUUCAUUUCAAGAAGGGCAAAGCAAAAAGGAUUAUCCUAUAGACACAACUAGAACUAAUGCUAUGAUGAUAACAGAAAAACGAGGAUUAACCCAAUUAUUGCAAAAAGGCCAAAUUUGCAAAGUGACCAAGCAAAAUGAAAAACUUGGAAAAGUACAUAUUACCAAAGAAAAUGAAAUACGAAGAAAAAACCAAAAUGGUUGGUGGAUGAUAUAUGAAAUAAUUGAAGAAGAAAUAGAACAAUUACCAAAUAAUGCAAAGAAACUUCAAGGAAACUACUAA